AUGGAGGCGCUCCACCGGGAGCUCUCGGCCCUUGAGGCGCAGGUCUCCGCUGGCGCCAGCACGCUGGGAACCGUCUUCGCGCACGCCGGGGACAGCUUCGAGACAGCGAGGUCGGAGCUGGAGCGGGCGCAGGAGAGCUUGCAGCAGGCCCUCUGUCUGGAGGUGGACUCUGAGUGGCGCGUGGAGGCGGAGGACCCGGAGACCUUGGCGGAGGCGAUGCAGCUGAGGUCUGAGGCACAGAGGGCGCGGGACGUGGCGGAGGCCAAUCUGCUAAGGCAGCGGGCGGAGCGGAUCGAGCUUCUGCAGAGGUUGCAGGAGGUGACGCGACAGAACUCCAGGGCCAUCGAGCGGCACCAGGCGCAGCUGGACAAAGAGGCUGACUUAGAGAAGCUGCUGGUGGCGGAAUGUGAGGAGCGCGAGCGCGAGACACAGGAGAUUCGCGACGAGAUCCUGGCGCAGGGCCGGCGCCUGGACGCCCGCAACACAGUGACCACCUUCUUUCAGGUGCCGCCUCGAGACGCCGCCCGGCGCCACGCCAAGGCGCUGCAGGAGGCAGAGGGCGCCAAGGUGAUCCUACAACUCAAGCGGCUCACGGACGAGCACCUGGCCCGGGUCCAGUUCGAGGAGAGCCGCGUGCUGCAGAAGACGGAGAACCUGCGGGUGAAGCACCAGAAGAAGAUGGAAGAUCUGCAGGACCAGUGGCAGAAGAGGCAGCAGAAGCACCAGGACGAGGUCCAGGAGCUCCGCAGCGAGCUGGGGCAGAUGGAGGAGAACUUCGAGGCACGCUGGGCGGAGGGCGACCAGAAGCUACGCCAGCUUUUGGAGCAACAGGACCAGCGCGCGCAGGAGGCGAUUUCCCACCUCUCCACUGAGCUCCUGCGCCAGAGCGAGUUGCUGAAGCAGGAGGUGGAAGCUGCGCAGGAGGAGUCCAACACCCAGGAGGUGGACUUGAAAGAGGUGGGCAACAGCAUGGAGCAGGAGAUCAAGGCCCAGCUCGAGUUGAAGAAGCAGGCCAUUGAGGAGUCCUCGGACGCGGAGUUGCAGCGCUUCCAGAGCAUCCGGAAGCACAAUGAGAAAGCCACGGAGCAUCUCAUCGAAGAGGCCAAGAUCUUCCAGCAGGGCAUCGCUUACCUACGGGACGCCUACAGCCACACCCGGAAGCCCCGGCCACGGGCCCCGACCGAUGUGAGCCAGUCUCCGUACGCGCAAUAA